UUCUGCAAAUUUUUACCUUUUCUCAUUCAAUCCAUGGCUACUCAGAAACCGUUGCCUUCUGUUGCUAGAACUGUUGGUUCUCGAAAGGGCUCGAACUCGACCGUCUUCCCGUUAGGCGAGCCGGCGCGGAGCAGCAGGGUGGCGACACAACCGGUGAAGCUGCUAACAAACGUGGAGAAACUGAAACUGUUAACCAAAGCAGAGAAAGCAGGGCUGCUAUCGGCAGCAGAGAAGUUCGGGUUAUAUCUAUCGUCCAUGGAGAAACUCGGACUCCUCUCCAAGGCGGAAGAGCUCGGGGUGCUGUCGGCCGCGACGGAUCCUGGAACUCCGGGGGCACUGUUGACACUCAGCUUGGGUUUAUUGCUUUUGGGUCCUUCAUGUGUUUACCUUGUGCCUGAAGAUAACCAGUGGGAAAUUGUGGUGCAGAUUGUGGUGGCUGUUGUUUGUGUUUGUGUUUGUGGUGGAUCAGCAGCCGUUGCUGCGUCAAAUCUUGUAUCCAAUUUGCAGAAAUCAAGCUGAAUUAGGUAUUUAAAU